GCUGCUGAACUAAGUCUGCCUCACGAUAAAGAUAGACUAAGUUUGAAAGGAAGCUGACAAGCACUUAACAACCUUUGAUUACUGGCUAUUUACCAGGCAUCAAUGUCUCCAUGACCUCAGUGAAAUCAGAUGCCACAGAAGAUCAUAGAAGAAUAGUAUAUAAAUAGCUUGACCAAAUUGAUUAGAUGGGUUGCACUUCUGCAAGAGUGGACGUUACCUUUGUUUAAAAAAAAAAACAAACUCAUAAUCGCAAUUUAUUUGCAUUUUUACUGAUAAUUUCUGCAAGGGAGUGAGUGACAGGGACUGUUUUAACCUACCCAGAUGGAUUGGGGAUGGAGCAUUUUAGGAAGGCAGCACUGGGAGGCUUUCAGUGUGGCUGACAGCAGGGGUGCAUCCAUUUUCUAUUUAAAGAGCAUCUAUAAUGCUGUUAACCUAGCAUUUUUUGAGGGAACGCAGGAUGUACAUUAAAAAAAAAAAGAUAAUGAUUUUAUUUUUCUUUGUAAUCCAUCAAGGUUGUUUGGGAAAUAAUUUCAAAACCUCUGAAAACAAAAUAGGCUGAUCAGAAGUAACUUUUAUUAUAGCUGGUAUUAGUAUUAUAAUGUUCAUUAAUUCAUUUGUUUAACCCCCUUCCAAAUCUGUUUCAUAUCCUGUUAGAAAGAGCACAAGGGUCCAAGAGUGCUUUUAUAUAAUGUUUUCAGGAUCUUACCCUGUCUGAAAGUUUUGAAAGGCCUUUUAAAAAUUAGCAAAUAUAAACCAAAAGGUAACAAGGAAAAACACUUGGCUAUUAUGUCUAGUCUACCAAAAUAUUUUGCUAAACUUGUGCAAAAAUAAUAUAUUUUAACUGGAAAUUUUUAGACUAAUAAGUAAUAUAGUUUAGUAAGUCUUUAGUGUGUAGUGCUUUCUAUCGAAGAAUUUUAAUUUAAAAAAAAAUGCAUUUGUGUGGUUAGUUGCUGACAGGGUUUUUUUUAACCACAUUUAAUACAUAAAUCUGUCCUGAGGUCUCCUGUAAUCUCAUAUUUCCCUUUCAUAAUUCCUAAUGCACUGAAUUUAAGAAAAUGUGAACAUAGGGAAAAAAACUCAAAAAAGUAAGAAACUUGUGUAAAAACAAAUAGUGAGAAUGUGUAGCUAGAGGUAUUGAGAAAAAUGCAUCACAUUUCCAAAGCUUCAGCUGCAUUCAGAAAAUACAUGUGCUUUGUGUGGUGGCUUUCUAUUCUUUCAGUGUAUCAUUAAUAUUAGUGGUACUACUCCUGAGGCAGGCCUUCUGAAAAUGGUGUUGCUAGCAUUUGGUACAAUAGGUGGACAGCAUGGUGCUAGAGGAAAAAAAUCUAGGAACCGCUCCUGAAAAAAUUGCAUUCAAACAUUGCGAUCUGAUAUGCCUUAAGAUCUUAGCUGGUUUUAAGAUUUCUUUUAUCUUAGUAUUUUUUUACAGGACCUGGUAGUGCAGUAGGUGCUUCAGUGGCCCUUAUGAAAACAAUGCAGACAACGGGAAUAAAGAGGACACAGGUGUUACCUAAAGGUGUGGUUACUGCAGCAUUCUCAAGGUUAAUUAUACACAAAGAGAAGCUUGUUUAUUUUGUGUGGCCACUGUAGUAAAUGCCCAGCUUAACAGAACAGAUGAAUGAGAAGGAGCCUAGCAAAGUGGGCCAGCAGAAAAGCUUGUACUCAAGAGAAGAUGUAGAAAAAGUCCCAAUGGUCCAUUUUAGAGAAGUAGAUGAACAGGGUGUUGAGAUGGAUAUCAUAGACAGUGUAAGGGAUAUGAGGGGAGCUGCAAGUGAGGCAAGUCUGGUAAGUAAGUCUACUAUCUAAAAGAUAUUAAGACAUAGGAAAGGAAAACUUGGUCCUCAUUAACCUUAGCCCUCAUUAACCUUGGCAGGAUCCCUAACACUUUGUCAAAGUAUUAGUUGAUUUAAUUAAGUUAAUCCUUCAUCUCUCCCAGUAAAUGACUCAACCUGGAAGAAACCACAGUUCAAGCAAAUUUCUGUUUACCAGUCAGGAGCAUCUAAUCGGCAAAAUAUGCCACUAGCAACAGUUUAGUCAAAAAUCUCAACUGGCACUAGAAAUAAAACAAUAUUAUCAGACUGAAAGAUCAGUAGACCUCUGGCAUCCCUCUGUGAAAAAAAGAUUUCACUUGCCUAAAGAACUGAUUGAUGGUAAUGAUCCUAGAUUAAGAAGAUCAGGAAUUGUGAGCUUUCAAGGAGGUGAAAGGCCAAAUGGUGAGAUUAGGACUUGGCAGUUUAAUUGAGAGAGGAAGGAGGAAAUAGGUGGUAAAAGGGAAGAAGCAGGAAUCAGGUUUAAUUCUGUAUAUGGAGGAAGUAUGACCUACAAAGGUCAGUCACUGAUAAUUUUGGAUACUUCUUCAUAGCAGAGCUUGCAUGUUUAUUUCCAUCACAAAUAUUAAGUAACUGAGAGGCAAUCAAGUCCUCUUGCAAGGACUUAAAUUUAGAAUAGAAACUGGAUAAUCUGAAAUGUAUUGAUUGUGAAAUACAUGAUGGCAACUAGAGAAAAGCUUUGCUGGACCCCAGGUUGGUUCUGAGUUUUUCACCAAAGGUAUGUGUGGACGUUCCUGAGGAUACUUUGUGGGUAGUAUGUAGAAGCAGAACAUUAUGAUCACUGUUUUACCUCAGAUUAAUAUCUCUCUAUAUCUCAGGCUUUUUUGAAAGAGGAAAAGUGUUUAGCUAAAUUUUUCAGAAAAUGUCAACUCGGAUCAGUGCGAAAUAGCUCUGCCUGCUCCCUGUGUGGAUCAAGAUAAUAAGUGUUUCUCUUCAGACAUCAAAUACAGCUCUCAAAAAAAACACGAAUGCUAUGGCUCUGCCUUCAUGGCUCCUUGCAAUUCAGUUAUUUUAUUUAUUUUUUUCCUAUUUGGUGUUUCUUCCCUUCUGCUGGCUUCCCAUCUGCAGGAUUCUGCCAGAAUGCUGUUUCUCUUUCUUCCCACCUUUCUGGUUUGUUCCAAAGGUAUUUCUGCUGUUGCAGAUCCCCUCCUCAAGAUAAAAGCAACUAAAACUGCUUUGAUCUUGACUGGGCAGAGCCACAAGCCUUUCUGCCUCAGGGUACAUGGUUUACAGUGGCUUGGGCUAACAGUGGGAUAGGGAGGAGAAAUGCACCUGAGAAGUUCUGUCCUUAUGGGCCAGUCUCACUACAGAUUUCGUUCAUGGAAAAGUUGUAGCUCAUAGCACAGAGAGUCAAACAUCCUUGAGGGAGAAAAUUGCAUUGGUGAUCUACUUUCUCACCCAUCUUCAAUAUUCAGAACUGCCCAGAGAAGGAAGUAUGUAAGAACAGGAAGCAUCUUAGUCAGUGGAUAUACUUUGUACUAAUGUAUAGAAGCAGCCAAACUUAGUCUGGACAUCAGGUUUUCAUCUUUUGAUUAUCCAUAUUGAGCUAACAUAGAUACAAGAAACUGAGCAGAAUUACAUUAAAUUGUGGUUUGUGAAAGCCACCAAGGGAUUAUAAUAACUUUAACUGAAGGCAUUAUUGCAAAUCUGAAAUGGAUGCAUAAUCUGUGAUGAAUGCAUGAUACAGGUUAACUUCUAGUCAAGCUGCAAAGAGUCAGAGGGGUUGGUUUUUUUUACAAAAACACAAAAAGAGAGAGAUUAUCCAACAUGCAGCAGCUUUUGCUUACAGAUGUACAGGGCUCCAGUUUAUUCCCCAGCAUGUCAGCAAAGUUAAUAUCUAUAAUGAUUCCCAUUUUCAAAGCAACAUUCACAGAGAUGGCAGUAAAACAUCACCUUUUCUUUCCUACUAGACAGGAAUCCUUUCACUGGUUUCCUGUUUGGUUUUAUGCACCUCCAGAGUCAUUUAUUUGUAACCAGAACAUAUGGAUAGAAGUUGUACCAUGUCCCUUCACUAAACAAGUUCCUAGGAAAUCAGAGUACCAGUGUAAAGGCUGUACAAAUGCACUUUUAAAAGAAUUGUCAGCCAAGGAAGGGGGAUUUCAUACAAAAGAAAAGUAAGUCCCCCUAAAUGGACAUGAGCUGGCAAUGUGUGGUCGCAAUGUGCACUUGCAGCCCAGAAAGCCAGUUGUAUCCUGGGCUGCAUCAAAAGCAGCGUGGUCAGCAGGUCAAAGGAAGCGAUUCUACCCCUCUCCUCCACUCUCGUGAGACUCCACCUGGAGUGCUGCAUCCAGCUCUGGGGCCCCCAGCACAGGAAGGACAUGGACCUGUUGGAGCGAAUCCAGAGGAGAGCCACCAGGAUGAUUAGAGGGACAAAGUACUUCUCCAGUGAGGAAAGACUAACACAAUUGGGUUUGUGCAGCCUGGAAAAGAGAAGGCUGAAUUCUUUACUGUGAUGCUGGUGAGGCACUGGAACAGGUUGCCCAAAGAAGUUGUGGAUGUCCCAUCCUUGGAAAUGUUUAAGGCGAGGUUGGAUGGAGUUCUGAGCAACCUGGUCUAGUGGAAGGUGUCCCUGCCCAUGGCAGAGGGAUUGGAACUAGAUGAUCUUUAAGGUCGUUUCCAACCUAAACCGUUCUAUGAUUCUAAAACUUGUUUUCCUUUAUUCCUGUCGUAUCAGCCUCCCUAUUGCAGCUACUGCUCUGCAUCAAAACAUAUAAUGUUAAUCUACACCUAGAAGAGUAAUGAUGCUUCAUCAGGGCUCUGCUGCCAGUUUUUCAUACAAAUCUGCACCAUAGCUGUAUAAACCCAUUCUUUGGGGGUUGUUCUCCACAGUUGUUGUCCUGGCAGGGGGUACAUUCCUUCCAACUUUGGCCUGACCUGCAGUUUUCCACCUCAAACUCUGUUGGCUAAAGUAGCUCAAUAUUGCCCAGCUCUCCAAGUGAUGUGGUUCACAGCACAUCUCUCAACACUUCACAGCAGUCCAGUCCACAUAAACACACACACACACACGCACGGUUUACCAAGCAUUAGGUGGCAAAAUAGAAACAUGUGGUCCCUUCUGAGUCUCUGAGUUGCUUCUAUUUAUCAACUAGCCUUUCUGAUGGUCAGAGUAUUUUCUAGGCAUCUUUGUGAAUACCCUUUCCUGCAGGUAUCCUGCAAAACAUCCAUUUCUCUCACUUUUCUGAGAGUCUGGAAUUAAAGCCUUCACUUGCUGUUAAACAACAUUCGGGACAAAACAUUCCCUGGCAAUUAAACUAUUAUAAAUUAUAUAUAAAGGGCCAAGAAGAGCUGAAGACAACUUUGUGUAAUCUCUGUCCAAUAUCCCAGUAGGCAAGACAGCCAGUAAUGAUCUGGGCUGAUAGGCAGCUGGUAGAGUUCAACAAGUAAAAUGGAGUUGUCUAAUUUUCUGUGAAUCAAGGUCAGAUUCUUUGGUUAUUGGAAUUUAGGAAAUAUAGCUUUCUGAAAAAAUGGGGAAAAUGUUUUCAGGUGUGUGCAUUUGAAGUAUUAUACAAUAGACUACAGUUAGUAAUAUAUAAAUUAUAAUAAGUAAAGGAAAAUAUACACUUCUGUGCUGACUGGUCUAAGAUAGUUGGUUUAGAUGUUAUUAAACAACAGCUGUAGAAGCUUUGACCAACUUACUAAUGCAUAAAAUAAAGUUUUCAAGACAUGCUUAAAGGGUUUACAGAGAGCACAUGCCUGUAAAUUUCUGGACUGUAAUUAAGAAGCUCAACUAUGGAAUAAAAAUUGUACGCCUGUCCUAUUUUAUAUUUGGAUGUAUUAUGUUACAGAAUACAAAGUAAAAGAUUGCUAAAGAGCAGUUUCAAAAAGAUUACCAUGAUGUGAAUGAAUAAAUACCUCUCAGAAGCUACAGCAUUAAUUUUUCAGUUUGUGGUACAUCUACUGCUGCCAAAAUAACCUGCUGUGGGUGGGCGAAGAACCAGACAAGCCCAACCAGCUGCAGGGCUGCCCAGGGCCAUAUGGCUGCUCAUGUUCCCACAGCCCCCAGCCAUGCCAGCUGUGUAAUAUCAACAGAAAGAGAAGCCAAAGUCCUCUUCUUUAACAAAGAGCACUGUUAGCUCUGGCAACACCUUAAAUCAUAUCUUGAAUGGCCACUUAAAUAAGAGGCAAAUACAGAAGUGAGGACAAAACAGAUAUACUGGUGUAAUAGUCCUCGAGUGACAAGUAAGGAAGCAUUGAAAAAGUUUGUGAGAACUUGAUUCCAGUAAAAAGUCAUGUAAGUCAAGAUUUACUUGUUCCACUUCCAUGCCAAAUUUUAAAAAAAAAGCAACAACAACAACAACAAAAAAACCUCCAACCUAGAAAUUCCCAGCACCACUGGUUCUUUUUCUGCCUACAACUAAUGAGACAUAAAAUACAUCAUCUUCCUCAGGAGGAUUAACUGCAGAAGUUUAAGAGUCAUACAGAAGAGCAUGAUUAGUCAAUCAAUCACCUUCAAAGACUAGGGAAGGAAGAGUUGCUUAUGUAUUAUUUAUCUUAAAGGAAUUAUUUUUCUUUUUCUUUUUUAUUUUUGUCUCUUUGCCUUAAGCCCUAUAACUAAAUUUUAUGCAUACCCACACACUUCAGUUCUUCAGUGCCGUACCUCUAUCCUAAAAGCUUCUAAUCUAAAUUAGUUAUUAAAUUCAUCCCUGACAUCCACUACAUAUGGCAUAGUUGAGGUAGGUUUUAACUGGACACAAUCUAAUUUGUGUUUAUUCAGGCAGCUUUCUGGGGGAGCAGUUAAAGUGAACAUUGCUUCCAAAGACCUCCGAACAUCAAAAAUAGCAAAACUAAGAAAACUAUAAGCAUGCAUUGAAAACAUGUGAGCGUUCCUUGUCUAGAGAGCUUAAAAGGGUACUGUAGUCCAAUGUAAACUGAAGACGUUCACAAUCAGGAAAAAAAAUAGUUAUUUUCUACCUAACCUUUCUACUUAAGCUGUUCAGGACUAAUUUCUUACAGGCAGUUCUACUGAACAAACCUGGUAAAUAUCUUCCAAUAGUGAUGAUAGACUGAAACAGUGAUUAUAACAACAAAACAAAUUAUAAGUGAGGGGGAUGUACAAAUAAGAAAAACUUCUAUCAAGUCCUUCAUGAGACUGGAGUCAUUAACAUUACAGGCACUACCCUUAGUGAGGGAACAACUAGGAACAAAGAAAAAUUAUUAUUAAAAGAACAGUAAAGUGCUUUAGAUACAUCAAAAUCAAUUAGGCAUUAGUUUUAAUGUAGCCUAAAUUUAAAAGCUGUAAAACAACAGAGAAUUUUCCCAUUUGUAUCAUUUGGAGUUCACAGCCGGAGGAAAACACCAUGUAUAAAGAAACCAGAGAGCCUUGUGUGAAUUGUGUGUCAAUUAUCUAAUUAUCUUUGAUAACAUCAGGUGCAAACCUUCAAGGAAAAAGCUUUAAAGAGCUCUUGCAGGUAAGAGUGCAUCAGGAGGGUAAUAAGACUUUAAACAGGAGGAAAAGAAAGUAGAAGGAACUGCAUCUUGUUCUGAAAUGAGUGUGCUGUCUCUGCAAGGAUCAGUGAUAGACAAGAGUUACAUGGUAGUUACUGGAGCAUGUUUAUUAACUCCAAAUGCAGCUUUUUGGUGUGGGAAGAAGGACAAGAAGACUGGACACGCUUCUGCUUUGUCUUUUCUUUUACUUCAAGGCUGAGAUGCUGCCACAUAUAUUCCUGCUAGUCAAGAAAGGGAGGAUCCAAGUCUGGCUCCUACCUUCUGGCCUCCCUUUGUCCUCUGCGAUGCCUGUGGAUGGGGAAGGGUGAGGGCAGUUUGUGAUCCUCUCAGGUGGGCAGCUCCUUGCAGAGGCAGGAGUUUUCUCUGACAGAGGAGGUCAGCAGCAGCUACAAGAUCUCAGCCUACAGAUACAGCUCUACCAUAGCAGCAGCCAUUUGUAAGUGCUUGAAUAGGGCAGCUGCCUCUGAAUUUCCAUCAUGAAAAGCCAUCAGUCUGUGAAGUAUUUCUGUACAUUAGCUACCUAGUGGUGGUGCUUACAUCCCUACUUCUGACUGGUAAUUCUGUGCACCGGCUGGAGAUGUGUUGCUAUUCUGCACAAUGGGUAAUGCUAUGAGCUCUGGACAACAAGCUGUCCCAGCUGGGUGAGAAGGAGACGGGUCUAUGUGCUCCUGGUCAGCAGCAGUAUCUCCUCUUUGGUAUUGAAGGGGAAUUGUAGUGACCUCUUCAACUGAAGGCCUUGGUAAGUGGAUUCAGAAGAUGGUAUCUGGUGGGGUGUUUGUAUGUGGAUGAUUACUCCAACUAGCUUAUUUCUUUUUGUCUUUCAAGAUGAGGGGGGAAAACAGGUGUUUUUAAUACUGUUUUUAAUUCUGCCAGACUAAGUGAUUCUCAAGUGACAUUUACUACUGUCUUAGUUAAACAUGUCUCCUGAUUUAGAACAAAUGAGCUUCUACAUCAAGGAAAUGCCAGGGUAAACUUCAUUUUGGCAGGGGGGAAGCAAAACUGACAAGCAGAAGGACAAUGUCUCCCAACAGUGUCUCUCAACUUCCCAGAGAAGUGGGAAGAGUUGAGAAAGUGCCACUGGGGGACUAACCCCAGUAGUAGCACCUUCAAGGUAAUUACUUGCAGCCCUUUGCCAGAGGUUGGCUCUGUAGCUACUGCCUGAACUAGAGGAGAAAAUGCCCCCUAUAUCUGGAUUACUUGGUUAUUCUUAUCUCCUCGAUGCUUCCCAGUACCCAAAUUGAGAGCAGGAAACCAGUUGUCAUUGGACAUCCCCCUGAAGUGCUUCCUUAGGCCACCCCACAUGCUUCAGGUGACCCAACAGGGUCCAUGCUGGCACUACCAGGACAGGAGAGUGCAAUCAGAGGGGGAACUGCUAGCUUCUCAUCAUCCCACACAGCAACAGACUAUACCAAAGAUUACUUAAAGUCUUUUGCAGAUUCAUGCUCAGAGUUUGGUUGUAUGGGUUUUUUUUAGCUGUCUCACUCAGGGGUUCCUGUUUCUACCUCCUACUUAGUGACCAGCUGUGGCUUCACCAUUUUCAUGCCAAGAAACCUACAUUUGCAGCCCUCUCAGAAGAUAUGACCCUGACUCUCCAAAGACUGGGACACACAACUGAAAAAAGACCACAUCAACCCAAAAUCAGAUUCAGGAAAUGAUGCAAGUUAAUUUCUGUUUGAAGUGCUCAGAAAUGUGGUGCCUUGGAAAGGGAAAUUUUCUGGACCUGAGAUAUAUUACUAUUCACACUUACGUCUGGCUCAAAAUACAGGUGGUACGAAUUCAACAAGAGUGAAAAUAUGUUCUGCAGGUCUUCUUAGGCACUUUACUACACAGGAGAAACUGUAAGCUCAGAAUUUGAAACUUCAGCAUAUCCUUAAUGAGGAUACAACUGAAAUAAAACUACUUCCAAGGAUGACAAAGAAGACAACAGACCCAUGCCAAACAAAGGAGACCAUGGACUAGGAAAUGAGAAGUUCAAACCCGUGGUACCUUGGCCUCAUGUUGAAGGUGUGGAAGUGGACUUGGAAUCCAUUCGAAGGAAAAAUAAGGCCAAAAAUGAACUAAAUCAUCAUGGUGGUGAUAACAAACAGCAGAACAUCAUCCAGAGGCAGUAUCUCACAUUUAAACCUCAGACAUUUGUAUACCCAGAUCCUGUUUUACGACCUGGAGUCCUUGGUAAUUUUGAACCCAAAGAGCCUGAGCCUCACGGAGUUGUUGGUGGCCCUGGAGAGGAAGCAAAGCCAUAUGUUUUAGGACCAGAUUACAAAGAAUCCAUUCAAGCCAGCAUUAAAGAGUUUGGGUUUAAUAUGGUGGCAAGUGAUAUGAUCUCACUAGAUCGGAGCGUUAAUGACUUGCGUCAAGAAGAAUGCAAAUACUGGCAUUAUGACGAUAAUCUGCUCACCUCCAGCGUUGUCAUUGUCUUCCAUAAUGAAGGAUGGUCCACGCUCAUGAGGACAGUCCACAGUGUCAUUAAGAGAACACCAAGGAAAUACUUGGCAGAAAUUGUGCUGAUUGAUGAUUUUAGCAACAAAGCACACUUACAAGAGAGGCUGGAUGACUAUAUUAAGCAGUGGAAUGGCCUUGUAAAGGUAUUUCGAAAUGAGAGGAGAGAAGGUUUGAUCCAAGCUAGAAGUAUUGGAGCCCAGAAGGCUAAACUUGGACAGGUUUUGGUUUACCUUGAUGCCCAUUGUGAGGUGGGAAUUAAUUGGUAUGCACCACUUAUAGCUCCUAUAUCUAAGGACAGAACCACAUGCACUGUGCCGCUUAUAGAUGUCAUAGAUGGCAACACUUAUAAGAUUGUGCCCCAAGGGGGUGGUGACGAAGAUGGGUUUGCUAGAGGAGCGUGGGAUUGGAGUAUGCUAUGGAAGAGGGUUCCCUUGACCAAGAAAGAGAAGGAAAGCAGAAAGACAAAAACUGAACCGUAUCGAUCCCCUGCAAUGGCUGGUGGAUUGUUUGCCAUUGAACGUGAUUUCUUCUUUGAACUAGGUCUCUAUGAUCCAGGGCUUCAAAUUUGGGGUGGUGAAAAUUUUGAAAUUUCUUACAAGAUCUGGCAGUGUGGGGGAAAAUUGCUGUUUGUUCCCUGUUCUCGUGUUGGACACAUCUAUCGUCUUCAGGGCUGGCAAGGAAAUCCACCCCCUGUGUACGUUGGGUCUUCUCCUACAUUAAAGAACUACGUCAGAGUUGUAGAGGUAUGGUGGGACGAAUACAAAGAUUACUUCUAUGCCAGUCGGCCGGAGACAAAAGCACUACCCUAUGGAGAUAUAUCUGAGCUGAAAAAAUUCCGUGAAGAUCACAACUGCAAAAGUUUUAAGUGGUUUAUGGAAGAAAUAGCAUAUGAUAUAACUUCAUAUUAUCCCUUACCACCUAAAAAUGUGGACUGGGGAGAGAUUAGAGGCUUUGAAACCUCUUACUGCAUCGACAGCAUGGGGCACACCAACGGUGGCUUUGUUGAGCUUGGCCCAUGCCACAGAAUGGGAGGAAAUCAGCUUUUCCGAAUCAACGAAGCUAAUCAACUCAUGCAGUAUGAUCAGUGCUUAACUAAAGGACCAGAUGGAUCCAAAAUUAUGAUUACACACUGUAAUCAGAAUGAAUACAAGGACUGGCAAUUCUUCAAGAAUCUGCACAGAUUUACUCACAUUCCGUCAGGGAAGUGCUUGGAUCGCUCCGAAGUCCUCCAUCAAGUUUUCAUUUCAGAGUGUGACUCCAGUAAAGCAACACAAAAAUGGGAAAUGAACAACAUUCUUAGUGUGUAGACAGACAAAACCUACCUACUGACGCAUUCAUUUGUACAGGACUGAAAAUAGCCUGAAAACUGCUGCAGUUAUUAAUUUGGACAGCUGUGAGCCUCCUGGCUUGGAUGAAGGACAUAGAGGAACUGUGAUUAUUACAAUAACAUUAUCAUCCGCAGUUAAUGUUUACAAACUGCUUUACCUUAAACUCUGUAGAUGUUUACAUCUUUUUGUUUUAAGAUGUUGGUAAAUUAAUGUGCUGUUAGCUAUGUUUCAUAGGAACAUAGUUAAAAGCGUUGUCGUCUUCUUUGGGAUUACACUCAGGGGUCUGAAGGCAGUUUUUUUACACACACUUGAAAAGGUUGGAGUAACCAGAUUUUCAUAGAACUUGGUGAUUAUCAACCUGUUGUAUAUUUUUAUUUAAUUUUACAUCUUACUAAGCACUGCCACAGGUUAUUAGCCAGGGUGGCCUUCUCUCACAGUCAUGCUGCUUUUUUGGAAGAUGAAUUUCAACAUAUUUAGUGCCUCUUUCCUUUCUCUCUUUCACAAGAAAAGCAUUUGUUGAAAAUUAUACAAUGGAUUUUUCUGAGCUGUCACCAGGGGUAGGGACCAACUGUAUCACCCUAUGUAAUUACUGUGUUAGCAAAAACAAAUUCCUAUUGCCAGUUUGGCUGCUCUACUUCGACUGAAUGCUUUGUACGGUAGAAGGAAGAGUGUCAAGUUUAGUGCUAAUGCGGUACAUUUUAAUGGAGGUAAGCACCCUCACAAUUCCAGUUAAGAAUUUAUAAGCACUAACUUGCUUGUUUAAACCAUGCCUUACAUAAAAAUAUUUAAAAUAAACAAAAAAAAAUCUGCACGAUUAUGUAAAACUUGGAAAUAAUCAAAUGCUUCAUUUAUAUUGAUAUUUUGAAUGGAAAUCAGUUAGAGGUGGACUAAAACUUUUAAUUAGGAAAAAGCAUCUAGCUUUUAACACAUCCGCAUAGUUCAUUACAAAGACAUCUGUCAACCAGUUUGGAUGCCAGAUUUAGAUUCAAAAAAAGAAAUGGAAAUGAAACCACAUUUAUUCAUACUAAUUUUCCUCUUAUUUUUGUCAUUUGCAACUUCUCCGGAGGGAUUACAAACACAAAAAACAACUGUUCGGUGCUAUAGUGUACAGAGUAAAAUGUGAAGAAGCUGUUUCUUAAUAUAUUCUGGAAAGGAGUUGAUGCAAACUCCCUUAGGAGUAUAAAUAUUUACUCUGAAUGAAUAGAGAGGUGGAGGAGAAAUGACUUAUCCUCACUUCCUUUGUCCAGAUUUUGUGACUUAAAUGUUGACAUCAGUGUACUGAAUUUAUAACAGUUAUCCCUAUAACAUGUCACACAAUCAAGUAUGACUAAAUACUUCCCUGAAGUCUAGAAUAGCACUGCAUGCAGCUCCCAUUGAUGUUAACAAGGGUUAUGUAUCAUAUUUGGUGACAGAGUUUGAUCUUUAUAGGGCUGUCUGCACUGAUCUAUUAGUCUGGGAUCUUUCCUAGUUUCUUUAAACUUCUCAUCUAUCCUUUCAGAGCUAUGAAAAAAUAGAAAAUAAAGGAGGGAGAAACUGGAAAAAAAAAAAAAAAAGGAAAAUAAGGUUGUGUGCCGGUACUUGUUAAUUGUGUGUAUGAAAACUGACUCCAUUUGUGUGUUGGGUAGAUUAAUUUAAUCAUACAACUAUGCAUAAAAGAAAGAAUGGUGGCACAUAAAUUGUGUGGGUGUGCAUUUUAAAUGGGUAUUAUGUGCAAUUCAUUGAAAGCUGAUGCUGUAUGUGAAUAUGAAUCUGUAUGUGAGACUGAAACCUUACAAAACAUGAGAUCAUAAGAAGCUGUUGCUGUAAUGACUUUUUCCUACUAUAGCUGGCUUGGAAAAAAAUAAUUCCCAUAUUCUUGCUUUGUAAGUUGAUGAUAAUAUCACUAUGCAUUUCUACAUAUUUUAUAAAUUUGAUUUAUGCAGAUUUUGAUACACUGUAUGUUUCUGUAGAAAUUGUAUAAAUCUUAAAAAAUUUAUUAGGGAUAAAUCUGGGAAACCUAUGUAUAUCUUACUCAUGGGUUGCUUGUUUUUUAGGUGAAGUAAAUAAAAUAUUUGAAUUUUUCGGUUUACUAUA